AUGGUGGGUGAGCUCCUCAGAGCGAGCCUCCCAGAUAAUGCUGAACGGGUGGACGACACCAGCAGGGCUAAAGAAGGGGGCCUACAAAUAUGGCAACUAGAGAAAUGGAUUCCACUCCUAAAAGAGCGCCGUAGACAAAGAUUGACCAACUCAACACAUCCUAUAAUUCUCUCAAUAUUAAGAACAUCCAAUCAAACGCUCCAAAUUGUCAAACUACCAAUAAUCGAGGGUAAUACUUGCAGAACAUUAGAAGAUCUUUACAAAUACACAUCUGAAAGCCUCUACAAGAAACUAGACGGUAGAGGGCUUAGAUUCUCAAGUGCAAUGCCCCUCAAUCACAACUGGAAAAUUGACGGGAACAAAAUUCAAACGGGAAAACUGUAUAUCUCUUCAAUUAAAACACAUGGAAACCUUCUACCAACACAGGCCAGGGCAUCGCGGGGAAGGAAUGAAACGCCCAUGUGUGGAGCGGGCUGCAAUAGUAGGGCAUCAUCGAGCCACAAUGUGCAAGCCUGCACCAGGACCCAUUCUAUGAGAAUUAAAAGGCAUGACAUGGUAACCAAAUUAUUUGAUGAAAGAUUAAAACAUAUGGGAUACACAACAAUUAUAGAGCCUAAAAUAAGAACUUCAGCAGGGCUGCGGAAUCCAGAUUUAGUAAUCAGUGACGGACUGACAUCUCACGUCCUGGACACGCAGAUAGUUAAUGAUUUUGAUGAUCCUGAUACUCUACACCAAAAUAAGAAAAUAUAUUACAGCAACGAUGAGAUCAUCAAGUGGGUUAAAGAAAAAACAAAAACAUCAUUAACUUCUGUGUCUACAAUAACAUUCAACUGCCGAGGCUGCAUGUCAAAAACCUCAGCAGUCGACCUAAAGAAACUUGGACUAACUAAUAGGGACUUUACUCUCGCAACGGUCAAGGUAUUAGAAUAUACCUACAUUUGUUGGAGAAAGUACAAUUGUAGCACCAUGAGAAGACGGACUCCUCCAACUAACAAAAGCACCACACAAACCCCAGCAAAGAAUGUACCUUUUAAGACAGCAUUUUCUGCCCAAGAUGACUGGGGUAAUUACACAAAAAACACCAUCAACACGCUCGACAAAACCAUCAGACAGUCCAUCAGAUCAUGGCUUAAACUCCCCAAGGACACCCCCAUAACAUUCAUUCACGCCAGGGCAGCAGAUGGAGGUCUUGAAAUAAAAUAA